AUGGUGCAAGUUGUUACUGGUCAUCCAUGCAAUCUAGAAGACUGCUCAGUUAUUGCUUUUUUUGCAAGAAGUUGCAUCACUAUGAAGGUGCGUAAGUUCUGGCUUGAGGGCAGAAAAGGUCAAAGAGCCGUAUUGUUGAAAGGACUCCCAAUGAUGGGCUUCCAGAUUCUGGUCCAUAUAGCAAGGCUUCGCUCCUCAGCAGACAUAUUGUGUAUGCCUCUUGUUUCAUCGGAUCCUGUACUUGUUUUCCGGCCAGUUAUUGAUGCUCUUUAUUCUGUCAUCUACUGCAAGAUGGAGCAGAUUUACAGUUAUUGUUAUCAUUUGGGGGUUAAUGGUAAUCAAGCAUUCAAAAUGAGGCCUGGCUAUUUCUCGGGCAGAACAAUUCAUGUUGCCUUUUUUGUUUGGUGGUGGUGGGAUGGAUCAGAUGGUUCAUUGUUGUUGUGCGUGCUAAGUUUGGGAAUGAAAAAGUGGACUGGAGGUGUUUUAAUCGUAGGGCUUGCAUUGAUUUUAGUUAUUAGUUACAGUUUCGUUGGGAAGUCCGCCCAACAAAAACAAUCAGCAUAUGAUUUUUUCAAUAAUCAUCCUGCUGACAAUGCCAACCCGGAAGGCAGGAAGGGCCAUGAUAAUGUGAAAUCGGCUGAGACUGACGUCAAAAAGGCACUUAAUUUUAAAGGAAAGCCUCGAUUUGUCCAUGUUGAAGGGCUCAGUUCUUUGUAUAGUAGCUUGGGGAACUUUUCCAAAGAGGAGUCAAAAGCGUUGCAGGUAUGGAGCCGAAUGCGCUUUUUAUUACCCAGGUCAGAUGCAUUGCCUAACACGCAGGGCAUCAAAGAGGCCGCUGCAGUUUGGAAAGAGUUGUUGUCAACCGUUCAGGAAGAUAAGGCCUCCAAGGCAAACAAAUGGAGAGAUGUAGAUUGUCCAUACUAUGUCAGUGCGUUUAAUGGCACAAAAUCAAGGAGUCAGAAUGCAACUCUUGAUCCUUGUGGUCUUGUUGAAGAUUCAUCUGUUACUGUGAUUGGAAUGCCUGAUGCAUUACAAGACGGUUUUCAAAUUGAGCUUAUUGGCUCAAAACUGUCAGAUGAGCCCACUCCUUUGGUGUUGCAGUACAAGGUGUUUUUACCUGGAAAGAACCUGACAAAGGAGCCCUUUGUCAUCCAAAAUGCAUGGGCUAAUGAAUCUGGGUGGGGAAAGGAAAGGUGUCCUGAUCGUGGCUCGACUGACUUUCUAAAAGUUGAUGGGCUAGUAAAGUGCAAUGCGCAGAGUGUCAGGACGGCUAUGCCAGAGAAUUCAAAUGGGAGUAAUCGUAGCAGUGACAUUAACCAAUUUUCUGAUGGGGGUACCCAUGGAAGUGCCACUUUUCCUUUCCCUUAUUUUGAAGGCAUUCCAUUUACUGCCUCAUUGUGGGUUGGGUUGGAGGGAUUCCACAUGACAGUCAAUGGAAGGCACGAGACAUCUUUCGCGUAUAGAGAGAAGCUUGAACCAUGGUUGGUGGGUGGAGUUGAGGUGAAAGGUGGCUUGGCCACCAUAGCUAUCUUAGCAAAAGGAUUGCCUGUUUCAAAUGACCUGAAUUUAGACGUUGAUCUCGAGCUUCUCAAAGCUCCCUCAGUUUCCAAGAAAGAGCUUGUAUUGAUGAUUGGUGUUUUCUCAACUGCAAAUAACUUUGAGAGGCGUAUGGCACUGAGAAGAUCUUGGAUGCAAUACGAUGCUGUACGCUCCGCCGAGGUGGCUGUCCGCUUCUUCAUCGGUCUUCACAAGAAACAAGCAGUCAACUAUGAGCUGUGGAGAGAAGCUCAAGCAUACGGAGACAUCCAGUUGAUGCCUUUUGUUGACUAUUAUAGCUUGCUCAGUUUGAAAACCAUCGCAAUCUGCAUUCUGGGGACUGAAAUCCUGACUGCUAAAUAUAUAAUGAAGACGGACGAUGAUGCCUUCGUUAGAAUUGAUGAAGUUGUAUCUAGCUUGAAGGGAAAGGCUUCUUCUUCAGACGGCCUUCUGUAUGGUCAUAUAUCGUUCGAAUCAUCACCCCACAGGGACAAAGAGAAUAAAUGGUACGUCAGUCCAGAGGAAUGGCCGUAUGCAUCAUAUCCGCCGUGGGCACAUGGUCCGGGUUACGUAAUUUCCAGAGACAUAGCGAAGUUCAUCGUUGGAGGCCAUCGGGAAAGGGACAUUAUGCUGUUCAAGCUAGAGGACGUGGCUGUUGGGAUAUGGAUAGAGCAAUUCAAAGAGCCUGGACACAGCGUGAAGUACGUGGACGACGAGAGAUUUUACAUAUCUGGGUGUGAGCCAAACUACGUUCUGGCCCAUUACCACCCUCGGAAGCUUCUGUGUAUGUGGGAGAAGCUCCAAAAACAAAAACACCGCCACGACGGCGACCCUCCUAACUCCUGCUGUGACUGACUGAUCAUCAUUGUCCUCCGGACGCCGCUCGACAACUUACGGUGGUGUUACUUUUUGUGCUAGUCCAACAGCAGCAGCAUCAGAUGUGUGUUUUUGUUCAAGGAAUGACGUGUGAUUAUUAAAUGAAAAAUGAUAUUGGGUGUGUCGUGUGUGUGCGCGUGACUAGACUUCCACUCCGUCUCUAACAUAAAUUUUUUUUAAAAAAAAAUAAUAAUAAUAAAUUAUGAUCUAAUAACCAAGUAUA